AGCUGUUGCGCUGUGGAUCUGUGGGUUUGUGUCUCUGUGCAGGAAGAUUUGCAAAAGAAAAAGAUGCCCUUCACUCGCUCCAUGAGACUGGCCGUCCAUCCACCUCCAUCCACCAGGAUGAGUUUGAGGAGCUUUCGCAGCGUUCCUCUGGUUCCCAUGGAGACUUCCUCUUCUUCCUCUGAUGACAGCUGCGAUAGCUUUGGCUCCGAUGGAGGCUUUACAAAUACGAGGAGCAGCUCAAGACAGAUGAGGAAGAUGAUAGAGAAACCAAAGGUGUUUGAGGCCACAUCAGAAGAGGAUACAUGCAGCGGGUUUGAGGAGGAUGUGAUCAACAGGCAGAUGAAAUCCAUGAUCGUAGACUCCGAACCUCCGAGACGUGGCCGCAGGUCCACCGUCCUAAAGGUUGCUAUGACUUUCCCCAACAAGGGGAAGCAGGGCAAGAAGAGGCCUGCAUCUGAACCACUUCCUCAACCUAAAGUACUGGACCCUGACUCUGACUCUGAGGAGAACUUCAUGGACAAGAGAGCCCUGAAUAUUAAGGAGAACAAAGAAAUGCUUGCAAAACUCAUGGCAGAGCUGAACAAAGUACCUGGGCUCUUCCCAAGACGGAUGGCAAUGUCAGCUUCCUCAACGCCCCGACAGGCACCUCGGCGGUCCAUGGGAACCCCAGGAACUUGCAGGAGAAACCCAGAACGUUUGUCUCGACCCCACACACGAUCCCGCACGCUGGUGGACGGACCCCCCAGCCCGCCUCCAGAGGAGGAGCUUGAGGAUAAGUUCAGCCUGGUUCGCAAAAGCCGCCACUAUGAGGAAGAUGAUGAGCCAUCCCGUCGACGUUCCUACAAUGGUACCAAGGCCAUCCCUCAUGUGGUGCGGCCCGUGGAGGACAUCACAGAGGCAGAGCUGCAGCUCAUCUGCCAGAACGUGCGGGAGAAAGUUUACAACAGUUCCACUGGAUCCACUUGCCACCAGUGCCGCCAGAAAACAACAGACACCAAAACUAACUGCCGUAAUCCAGAGUGUGUGGGCGUGAGAGGUCAGUUCUGUGGCCCCUGUCUCCGUAACCGCUACGGAGAGGAGGUCCGAGACGCUCUGCUGAAUCCGGAGUGGCAGUGCCCGCCAUGCAGAGGGAUCUGUAACUGCAGCUUCUGUCGUGCCCGAGAAGGUCGCUGUGCUACGGGAGUGUUGGUUUACCUGGCUAAAUACCAUGGCUUUGAUAAUGUGCAUGCCUACUUGAAAAGCUUGAAAAAGGAGCUGGAAGACGGUAGCAAGUAAAGUGUGGAGGAAAAAGCUGCUCCUGGACCUGACUGAAAUGCCGCGUAUCCAUUUUGACAUUCACAGUUCAAAUCUUGUUCAUAGUUUUUCAAACAUUGAUUGUGAAAGUUAAAAUACCUUUUGAGCAUUGACUGACAUCUGGAGGAGGCACACACACACACACACACACACACACAGCCAGUUGUCUCCAGCUUAAAGCUGUCAUUGUUUUUUCUUCUGUUGUACAUAUUUUCCUGGCUGUUCUCAAGAGCUGAGACGGUCACUGUUUGUUUGUAAACAAAGGUGGAACAAAACAAAUUUUUAGGAAAAUCUCUCAACCUUAAAUUGUCCGAACAGCCCUCUGUUGUCCUAAAUAUUUUAAGAUGAUUGCAUUGUUCUGUCAUGUACAUAUCCCCUAUUCCACCAAUAUGUCAAAAAAAAAGAAGAAAAAAAAUCCCUUUUUAUAGCUGAAUCAUCCUACCUGCCGCAAAAACACUU